GUGUGAUUGGUGGCAGACAUCCUCCAGUGUUUUCCGACUGUCCCUGUGUGAGUUAAUGGCUCCUCCUGCUAGAUACGGAGCUGGUAGCGAGCUGUACAGGGGCGAGCAGUCCGAAAAACAGUAACUACACCCCGGGUAGGUAGUUAGCGCGCUGGGUGGUUUGAGAGCGAGAGAGGCUCACCGGGUUGUAGUCGAGGCCUGGUGUUAAAGCGUGAAGCGGACGGUCGAGGAACGUUCUGUAUUUUAACAACAGACUCUCCAAAAAAUGAACUCCGUCAGAGCCACCAACCGGAGACCCAGGCGAGUCUCAAGGCCGCGCCCGGUGCAGCCCGACCGGAACGAGGGGGACGGAGCAGAUGAGGAGGCUCCAGCUGCAGCAGCGGAGGUGGCUGUGGAGGAGUCCGGGCCUGCAGCUGGGAACAACCCCUACCAGCUCCGACGCAAGUCUCUAAUGCCCAAGAGAACAGCCUCCAGUACGGCAGCCUCCUGCCCCAGCAAGACCGCUAUGGAGGGAGCAUCCACCUCGACAACAGAACCCUUCGGUCAUCGAGCCAAACGAGCCAGGGUCUCUGGCAAGAGCCACGACCUGCCAGCGGCCCCAGCAGAGCAGUACCUGCAGCAGAAGCUUCCAGAUGAGGUUGUUCUGAAGAUUUUCUCAUAUCUCCUGGAGCAAGACCUCUGUCAGACUGCCUGCGUCUGCAAACGCUUCAGCGAGCUAGCCAACGACCCUAUACUCUGGAAGCGUCUGUACAUGGAGGUGUUUGAGUACACACGUCCCAUGAUGCACCCUGAGCCAGGCAAGUUCUACCAGGUCAGCCCCGAGGAACACGACCACCCCAACCCCUGGAAGGACAGCUUCCAACAACUGUAUAAAGGAGCCCAUGUGAAGCCAGGCUUUGCUGAACAUUUCUACAGCAACCCUGGGAGGUUCAAAGGCAGGGAGAAUAUGCUGUACUAUGACACCAUAGAAGAUGCAUUAGGAGGGGUGCAAGAGGCUCAUUUUGACGGGCUGAUCUUCGUCCAUUCUGGGAUUUACACUGACGAGUGGAUCUACAUAGAGUCCCCCAUCACCAUGAUUGGUGCAGCUCCUGGUAAGGUGUCUGAUAAGGUGGUGAUUGAGAACACCAGAGACUCAACGUUUGUCUUCAUGGAGGGAUCGGAGGACGCCUACGUGGGAUACAUGACCAUCAGGUUUAACCCAGAUGAUAAGGCAGCUCAGCACCACAACGCCCACCACUGUCUGGAGAUCACUGUCAACUGUUCUCCCAACAUAGACCACUGUAUCAUCAGGUCUACCUGCACAGUGGGCUCGGCUGUGUGUGUGAGCGGCCAGGGGGCGUGUCCUACCAUCAAACACUGCAACAUCAGCGACUGUGAGAAUGUUGGACUUUACAUCACCGACCAUGCACAGGGUAUCUAUGAGGAUAAUGAGAUCAGUAAUAAUGCAUUGGCGGGAAUCUGGGUAAAAAACCACGGCAACCCCAUCAUCAGACGAAACCACAUCCACCACGGCCGAGAUGUAGGAGUCUUCACCUUCGACCACGGCAUGGGUUAUUUUGAGAGUUGCAACAUCCACAGGAAUCGUAUAGCAGGCUUUGAGGUGAAGGCGUAUGCUAACCCCACAGUGGUUCGCUGUGAGAUCCACCAUGGCCAGACGGGGGGCAUUUAUGUGCAUGAGAAAGGAAGAGGACAGUUCAUAGAAAACAAGAUCUACGCCAACAACUUCGCUGGAGUUUGGAUCACCUCCAACAGCGACCCUACAAUACGGGGCAAUGCAAUCUUUAACGGUAACCAAGGGGGCGUGUACAUAUUUGGCGAUGGCCGUGGCUUGAUCGAGGGGAACGAUAUCCAUGGCAACGCUCUGGCAGGAAUCCAAAUCAGAACCAACAGCUGCCCGAUUGUACGCCAUAACAAGAUCCACGACGGACAGCACGGCGGCAUCUACGUGCAUGAGAAAGGCCAGGGUGUGAUAGAGGAGAAUGAGGUGUACAGCAACACGCUGGCUGGAGUCUGGGUGACCACCGGCAGCACACCUGUCCUCCGCAGGAACCGCAUCCACAGCGGCAAACAGGUGGGGGUGUAUUUCUAUGACAACGGUCAUGGGGUGUUGGAAGACAACGACAUCUACAAUCACAUGUACUCCGGCGUUCAAAUACGGACGGGCAGCAACCCCAAGAUCAGACGCAACAAGAUCUGGGGAGGACAAAAUGGAGGCAUCCUGGUCUACAACUCCGGUCUGGGUUUCAUCGAGGACAAUGAGAUCUUUGACAACGCCAUGGCGGGCGUGUGGAUUAAGACAGACAGCAACCCCACGCUGCGACGCAACAAGAUCCACGACGGGAGAGAUGGCGGCAUCUGUAUCUUCAACGGAGGGAGAGGUCUCCUGGAGGAGAACGAUAUCUUCAGGAACGCCCAGGCAGGAGUUCUGAUCAGCACCAACAGCCACCCGGUGCUCCGCAAGAACCGGAUCUUUGACGGCUUCGCUGCAGGUAUCGAGAUAACCAACCACGCCACGGCGACUCUGGAGGGAAACCAGAUCUUCAACAACCGUUUUGGAGGCCUGUUCCUCGCCUCUGGGGUCAACGUCACCAUGAAAGUCAUUCUGUGCAGAUUCAUCACUCUACGUUCUAACGAGUCCUUCACAGCUUGUGUGCGUCGUAGAUGGAAACAGAAGACACAUAAUAAGAUAAUGAAUAACCAGGAUGCCAUAGAGAAAGCUGUGAGCAGAGGACAGUGUCUCUACAAGAUCUCCAGCUACACCUCCUACCCCAUGCACGACUUCUACAGGUGUCACACCUGCAAUACGACAGACCGGAACGCCAUCUGUGUGAACUGCAUCAAGAAGUGUCACCAAGGACACGACGUGGAGUUUAUACGGCAUGAUAGGUUUUUCUGUGACUGUGGAGCGGGAACUCUGUCCAACCCCUGUACUCUGGCUGGAGAGCCAACACACGACACAGACACACUUUACGACUCAGCCCCGCCCAUAGAGUCCAACACACUGCAACACAACUGAACACACACACACAUUAUAUGUACACACACUACAUAAACACACACACACACCCUAUAAUCUACAGACAUACACUACAUAACACACAUUCAUAAAGCAUACCACACUCAUAGGGAGCCAGAGAGACUGAAUACGGUGUUCUCAGCAGUGACUGGCAUAGAGGAACCCUGAGAUUCAGAGAGAGACCGAGACAGUGCUGCACUUGGGAGUCUCUUCUAGAGGGAGCGAUGGAGCUGGUCUGAAUUUGACUGGUCUGGUCUGGAUUAGCCUGGUCUACUGUGAUGAGAAACUGACUCGUUCUGAACGGCCAUAUGAGGUUCUCACCAUUGCAUCUCUGGACAGCAAAUGGCCAGGUAGAGGAUGGAGAGGGAGUGUGGAGAGGGUAGGGUGUGGGUACUCUGAUAAUGUCGGAGUGGCCAUUGAGACUUCCUUUGCCCGUGACCCUUCAACUCUGCGACUCUCCACAAUCCUGGGAAUCGGACUUCUUCCCAAGACAGUAAGAGAGGAGAUUUAGCCCCGCCCACUGAGAAAACACUUCCUGUUCAGCGGCAUCUGUUACUAGGCAGUGGAUGGCUGAUAUAUACGUAUGUACUGCUAACGGAAGAGAGGGACUUUGAUCGAGCACCUCAGCUUUUAUAAUAUGUUAUUCUGAUCAACAGAUAUUAUUUUAAUGCUUUCUCAUGUAGUUUUGUAUUUACAAGCAAAAAAUCUUACUGUAUUUGAAUGUCUUUUUAUUAUAUAUUAUAAUUAUUGUUAUUAUUAAUUUUUGUUGUUGGCCCCAGGCUUGCUGCAGUAGCUGUUAAUGUCCCAGUGGAUCUGUUCUUUCUGUGAAAGAGAAUCACGUUUAACACUAAAGACCCUCUCCAGGCUAGUAGAUCUAGGACCGGUGGAAAAUGUGUGUGUGUGCGUGCAUCUGUGUGUGUGUGUUUGGAAGGCUGUUUUGUGGGUGCAUGUGUAAGGUUGUGUUCAUAUGCAGUCAGUGUUUCUGGAGAGGGUCCGAUAAGAGGCAUCAGGCCUUUUUCAAACUGGGACAGACGAGUCGUUCUGCAGUCCCUUUCCCCAUAUUCUCUCUGCCUCCUCCCUACCUACUUCCCCCUCUCUCUUCCUUAACCUGCUCUCCCCCCUCUUUUUCUCUCUUUGUAUUCUGGUGACUGUGGCUCCUCAUGCAGCCUGGAUCGUAUGCAUGUGUACCAUAACAUCAAGGUCCCGUUCCCCUGCUCAGACGUUGCGUGCCAUGUCAUCGACUGUGCCGUCGGGAACCAGAUUGCUAUAAUGUGGUUAGUUGAUAUGUAAAAUACCUUCCCAGGCGUAAGAUCUGGUAUGCAUCAGUAACGUCUGAGCAGGGGAACACAACCCUAGACUUAAUAUAUUGUGAAGUAUUAAUACAACCAUUAUGUAGAUGCUAGUAUGAAUUCAAAAAGGGUUUAAUAAAAAUAAAAUACAGAAACUG